AUGAAGGGGCUCUUCUCUAAAGGCUCGAAGAAUGGGGCCUCCAACCCCACGGCUACAGCGCCGCCCGUGAAAAAAGACAUCGCCCCGCAGAUCUCCCCGCUGGAAAAGAGGUUACAGGAUCUGGGGGCGAUCCGUGACGAUGGCAGCGACAAGUUCUUUGGCAUGGAGAAUUACGGCAAUACCUGCUACUGUAAUUCCAUCCUCCAAUGUCUCUACUAUUCAGUGCCCUUCCGCGAAGCCGUCAUCAACUACCCGCAACGAACGCCACUCGAAAGCCUCGAGGCUGCCCUCGCAACGAACCUACGAUACCAGAAUCCCACCGCAUAUCUCGAGGCCGAGGCACUGGCAGCGAAGCAGAAGGCCGCCUCGCCACCCUCGGCGCGCCAGGCGGGCGCACCCCCGAACCAACCGCAGAAGCCAGAAGAUAAGGACUCGGCAGAAUACAAGAAGAAGGUAGCAUUGCAGACUCUCCCGAUAUUGGAAACAAAGAACAAUGCGGCUAGUUACGGAAUGUCGGAAUCGCUCUUCACCUCGCUCAAGGACAUCUUUGAGUCGGUGGCGGGGAGUCAAUCGCGCAUCGGCGUGGUGCGCCCACAACAGUUUUUAGACGUCCUCCGGCGAGAACAUGAAAUGUUCCGCUCUGCGAUGCAUCAGGAUGCACAUGAGUUCUUGAAUCUACUGCUCAAUGAAGUCGUCGCCAACGUCGAAACGGAAGCCACAAAACAAGCGUUCGCGGAGAAGGCCUUGCCACCCACCGAGAGCGCGGACUCUCUUGGGAUGCUGGCACCGGCGGGUUCGAAAUCGCCAAAUACUACGAGAUGGGUUCAUGAGCUGUUCGAGGGCACUUUGACAUCCGAGACAAAGUGUCUCACUUGUGAGAAGGUCUCACAACGAGACGAGGUGUUUCUCGAUCUAUCGGUCGAUCUAGAACAACACUCAUCAGUGACUUCGUGUCUCCGCAAGUUCUCGGCGGAGGAAAUGCUCUGCGAGCGCAACAAAUUCCACUGCGACAACUGCGGAGGUCUUCAGGAAGCGGAGAAGCGUAUGAAGAUCAAAAGAUUGCCCCGUGUGUUGGCUUUGCAUCUGAAGCGUUUCAAGUAUACAGAAGAUCUGCAACGCCUGCAGAAACUCUUCCAUCGUGUCGUGUAUCCUUACCACCUUCGUCUGUUCAACACCACAGAUGAUGCCGAAGACCCAGAUCGUCUCUAUGAAUUGUACGCGGUGGUGGUUCACAUCGGUGGUGGACCAUACCACGGACACUACGUUGCCAUUAUCAAGACCGAGGACCGCGGCUGGCUGCUGUUCGAUGACGAGCUUGUGGAACCGGUUGACAAAAACUAUGUACGCAAUUUCUUCGGAGACCGCCCUGGAUUGGCGUGUGCCUAUGUCCUGUUCUAUCAAGAGACCACCCUCGAGGCCGUGAUGCGGGAGCAAGCCCAAGAAGACCAGGCAUCCACCGGCACAGUUCCUGAAGCGGGCGAAGCCGGUAAACAGAAUGGUUACCCGCUCUCGACUCCGCUAUCUCAUGCACAAAGCGCCACGCAGCUUCCUUCUGAUGACUCCUCUCGCCAUACUCCCCUCAAACGCAUCCCCACGGCACCUCCACUAUCCACAUACCCAGAAGAAGCCUCGGAGCCCAUGCCACCUUUGCCAACUUCCCCUCAGCCUGUGCAACCCACUCAGCCACCUCUACCGCCGAUCCCCGAUGAACCGACCCCUCCGUUGAGCCCGAAGAAGAGUGACCACCAACUGCGAAAAGAACGGCGUGCUUUGGAAAAAGAGAAGGAUAAGAAUGAAAAGACUCGGCAGAAAGAACAAGAGCAACAGAACAGAGAGAGACAGCGGCGAGAGGCCGAGGAGUUGAGGAAAGCCAUCGAGGCCAGCAAAGCCGAUGCAAAUGAUGUCGGCACUGAGAAUGGAUCCCCCAGAAAGUCAACAAGCUUCGGGUUCCUCAAGCGAGGAAGUCGCAGUCUCAGCCAACGGCUCAACAAGGACAAAGAGCCUCGAGUCUCGACAUCAGAUCUCUCCACCUCACCCCUUCUCCCCGAAUCCGUCCCGGAAGCGCCGACAGAAGCACAACCAACAGCACCCAAGCCUAUCAAACCAAGCCCUGUCUCUCCACCCAUUCAAUCCCCCGUCUCGCCACGGGAAUUCCCUCCAAUCUCCAACCAUAAGCCAAUUCGGGGCAACGAUCCCCUUAACAAAGAUCAUCACACGCCCGAUAAGCCCACUCACCGGUGGCGAUCAUUCAGUUUCAAGAAAGUCUCUUGA